AUGGAAUCGCCGCAUCAACCUGUGGAUGUUCCAGAGAUCGAUAAUUCUGCACACCAGCUCCAUGCUACUAGUUCUCAUGGAGAACCAGACCAAUCAGCUCCAGCACAGCAGCUUGUGCUUGAACCUGACGUUGAGCUGCAGGGCAUCACCCCGAAGCAUGGCCAGCAUCUUGUGCUUGAACCUGACGUUGAGCUGCAGGAUAUCACCCCGAAGCCUGGCACUGAAAAGCAUCAACAUCGUAGGACGAGAGGGUUUAUAUCCGGUGCUCAGAUCAAGUUCCUCGACAAGACUUUGGCAGGGAAGGGAGGCUGGCAUACGAUCGAGAAGCGAUUUGAAAAAUCUGCAGUGGGCGGCAGGCUUCAGAAGGAGAAUUUUGGACCUUGCAUUGGUAUGGCUGAUUCAAAGGAGUUUUCUGGGAAGCUAUACGAUGCUCUUGCAAGACGAAGGAAUUUGGAUCCUGCAUCUGGAAUAACUAAAGAAGAGCUAAAUGAAUUCUGGAAAGAAAUGACAGACAAAAACUUCGACUCUCGACUACGGAUAUUCUUUGACAUGGUUGACAACAAUGGAGAUGGACAACUCACUGAAGAUGAGGUCAAAGAGGUGAUCAUCCUGAGUGCCGCAACAAACAAACUUUCGAAACUCAAAGCACAUGCUGCGACCUAUGCAGCUCUUGUCAUGAAGGAACUAGACCCUUACAACCAUGGCUAUAUUGAGAUUUCGCAGCUGGAAACUUUGAUUCAAGGCCUCGUUAGCUCCCAAGGAUCUGAGAGAACAUUCAGACGGUCACAUGGGCUUGCAAAAUCAAUGAUGCCAAAGAUAUACAAAAGAGAUAACAAAUUUGUUAGAAGGGCCACAGAUUUUAUGUAUGAAAAUUGGAAGAGGAUUUGGGUUCUUUCGCUAUGGAUAAUCGUGAAUCUAGCACUAGCAGCAUGGAAAUUUGAACAGUACAGGAGGAGGUCAGCUUUCCAAGUAAUGGGCUACUGUGUUUGCAUAGCCAAGGCAGCAGCAGAAACCCUGAAGUUGAACAUGGCUCUCAUUCUCAUCCCUGUUUGCAGAAACACACUUACAAGACUCAGAAAAACUGCUCUUGGUUCGAUUUUCCCAUUUGACGACAACAUCAAUUUCCACAAGAUCAUUGCGACGGCUAUAGCUAUAGGGGCAGCAGUGCAUACUCUUGCACAUGUAACAUGCGACUUCCCAAGACUGAUAACUUGUCCAAAACCAAAGUUCAUGACGACAUUGGGACCAUAUUUCAACCACAAGCAACCGACCUAUCCAUCUCUACUGGCCAGCAUUCCAGGAGUCACUGGUAUCCUCAUGAUUAUCAUAAUGGCCUUUUCUUUCACACUGGCAACACAUUCCUUCAGAAGAAGUGUCGUGAAGUUGCCAUCACCACUCCAUAAUUUAGCGGGAUUCAACUCAUUUUGGUAUGCCCACCAUCUUCUUGCAUUGGUGUAUGUUCUUCUCGUACUUCAUUCCUACUUCAUUUUCCUCACCAAGAAAUGGUACAAAAAGACGACAUGGAUGUAUCUAACAAUUCCUAUCCUCUUUUAUGCCUGCGAGAGACUUACUCGAAAAAUUCGUGAGAACAACUUCCGGGUGGAUGUCAUCAAGGCAGCAAUAUAUCCAGGUAAUGUACUUUCAAUCCAUAUGACAAAGCCACCAGGAUUCGAGUAUCAUAGUGGAAUGUACCUGUUCAUCAAGUGUCCAGAUAUAUCACCAUUCGAAUGGCAUCCCUUCUCGAUCACGUCAGCACCAGGAGAUGACUACUUGAGUGUUCACAUCCGCUCCUUGGGAGACUGGACAACUGCUCUCAGAAAUUGUUUUGGAAAGGCUUGUGAGGCUGAAGUUAAGUCCAAAAAGGCAAAUUUAGUUAGGUUGGAAACAACCAUCGUAGCAGAUAUUGAACUUCAAGAUACACGAUUUCCAAAGAUCUUCAUCGAUGGGCCUUAUGGUGCACCUGCUCAAGAUUACAAAAAGUAUGACAUUCUUUUGCUUGUUGGACUGGGAAUUGGGGCAACCCCGUUUAUCAGCAUAUUAAGGGAUAUUUUAAACAACACACAAUCAAACAAAGAAAUGGAAAGUAAAACUUCACAGAAUGAAACCAACAAUGGAGAUGGUCCAGGAAGGGCUUACUUCUAUUGGGUGACCCGGGAACAAGGUUCCUUUGAAUGGUUUAAAGGUGUCAUGAAUGAGGUUGCAGAAAGUGACCACAAUAAUGUCAUCGAAAUGCAUAACUACUUGACAAGUGUUUACGAAGAAGGUGAUGUUCGAUCUGCUAUCAUUGCAAUGGUUCAGUCACUUCAAUACGCAAAAAGCGGAAUUGAUAUUGUAUCUGGAAGUCAGAUAAGAACACACUUCGCGAGACCAAACUGGAGGAAAGUAUUCUCCAACUUAGCAAGCACUCACAAGGCCUGUUCAAUAGGUGUUUUCUACUGUGGACCCUCAAACCUCGCAAAACAACUGAGAGAUCUUUCAAUGGAAUUCAGCCAUGACACAACGACCCGCUUUGAUUUCCACAAGGAGAACUUCUAGCAAAGGACUCUAGAAAUACAAGAUUGUAUGAUAAUUCAAAGAGUGAAAAACUCAGAUGUUUUAAAAGAAUCCAUAAUAAAGUUGUGAUUGUUGUAAGUACAUCUAGCAAUUGGCCUGCAUAGAAGGAAAAGGAAGAAACUUAUUGAGUUGGCUGGAAAAUAUCUCAGAUGUUAAGUUGUGAUUGAUUUGAAUAUUACUAGUUAUUAAACCCAACA